CGUAGUAGCCUCGUCAUCACAGCAAUUGGUCCUAUGGUCUAGUGGUUAGGACACUGGACUCUGAAUCCAGUAGCCCGAGUUCAAGUCUCGGUAGGACCUUAUUUCCUUGUUAUCACUUCCCUUUUUUUAUUUGCGCUCUCUUCGCGAUGGCGCUCUCUCUCUCUCUCUCUCGGAUCCUCGAUCGGUGAUGGAAGCUGCUCAGAUCGCGGAUUAUCGUUUGGCGCUCGCUGGAUUUGCGUUGGAAUCCAGUCCUUUGUUCUAGGGCAGGGGCGGUUGCGGAUUCCUCCAAGAUCGUCGUCUCUGUGAAUGAGCAGCGGAAAUGCACGGGGAAAUGCUAUUGGGGAGAGGGUUUGCGGCUGGGGGGCAUUUGGCAGCCAUGGGAAGGCUUCUGCAGAGUGGAAGUAAUUUGGAUCCUUCACCAGAGCGCUGUAGAUCAUUGUUGGUGCCGGAGGAUAGCGGAGUAGAUGUAGAGAAUGGUGGCAAGAGAACUAUUCCAAAAUCAAGAAACGGAAUGCUAGGCGAAGACAUGGACGAUGCAGCUCCGCUCGAGUCGGGGUUAUCCAUGUCCGAUAUGCAAAUGGGAAGCUUUUCUACAUUAAAAGCAGCAAAACGAGCUGAAGUGGGAGGGACAGGUCCAAAGGUUGGGAGGCCACGAAAACUAUCGGUGUACAAUCCAAGAGAGAUGAGCGACGGUAAUCCUGGAGAAGAUUGCUUGGUAGUGGGCCCAAGUGCUACUGUUUCACAUUCCGAAGGUUUGUCUGCAUCCGGAAAACGGCGAAAGCAGCAUCUGCCGUUCACUGUCGAUGACCUGGAUAUCAUGUGUGGAGUACCGUCACCUCGAUCUGGAGCUCCUUGCAGGCAACCAUUGACAUGUAAAUCACAUUCAAUUUCAAGUAAACGAGCUGUUACUGGUCGGAGAAAACCUUUUGAUGCGUUGCUUCAAGAUUUUAAGGACAAUAACUCGCGAAAGUCACAGCAAGCAGACAUUCCGAGGCCGUUGGCGACCAAAGUUUACUGUUCGGGUCACAGCCAACGGAUGCGUGCAGUGAUUACCAGUCUGUACCGAGAGUCCAUCUCAGGACGGUCGAGUUUGCCACAAAACGAGCAAACUCUCGCUUUGGAUGCUAACCCGCAGCAGCAGCAGCAACAACACACUCUUAUGAGCCUAAACAAGGUUAGAACAACGGAAGGUGGUGAUAAAGUAGAGGUGGUACUUUACGCAGCAGCACAUUUGCCAGCAUUUACUGCUCGCCGCCUGUCCGGGUAUUCAUUGCAGCGAAAUCAACAGGCAGCGCACAGCGGCCCAAUUCACGUUGCGCGAUCAACUCUCCCGUUUGAAAAUCCGGAUUUUACUGGCGUUUAAGGCCGUUUGAGUAGCUAUAUUUCUGC